CAAAAGUUCAGGACCGGCCUGCUGGAGGAAAAGAUCGAGCUCCAUUGGCCUUGGAUCAGGUAUCAGGACGCCUGUUCUCAACACUGAUUAGCCCCGCAAACAUGCUGGAAGCUGUGACCAGCCUCAGCGAUGAGGAGAGGUGCAACGACCGACCACCACCAAAGGCGGUGCUCGGCGACGUUCGCCGCAAGCGACCUCCCCGCUACAAGAAGAAGGGGCCCAAGGCACCCUCAGAGAAGUACAAGAAGGUGUACGACUUUCUGAUGGAACAGUGGACCAAUGAUCCGUCGCAUCGGCCCUAUGAGAAGAUCCGGGAAACCAUUCGGAUGGACCGGUAUCGAGAUUG